AUCGGCAGAUUGGUUAUUGGACAGAAUGGUAUCUUAUCCACACCUGCUGUUUCAUGUAUCAUCCGAAAGAUCAAAGCAGCUGGUGGGAUUAUUCUAACAGCUAGCCACAGUCCUGGGGGACCUGGAGGAGAGUUUGGAGUCAAGUUUGAGGUUUCCAAUGGAGGACCUGCUCCAGAUAUAGUUUCAGAAAAAAUCUAUCAAAUCAGCAAAACCUUGGAGGAAUAUGCAAUUUGUCCUGAUCUCAGAGUUGAUUUAUCACGCCUAGGAAGACAAGAAUUUGAUCUGGAGAACAAGUUCAAACCUUUCCGAGUGGAAAUUGUGGAUUCUGUGGAAAUCUACCUCAAUCUCCUUCGAAGUAUCUUCGACUUCAAUGCGAUCAGAAAUUUGCUGACUGGACCCAACCAGAUUAAAAUAAGGAUUGAUGCCAUGAAUGGAGUUAUGGGACCUUAUGUGAGAAGAAUCUUGUGUGAUGAAUUGGGAGCUCCUGCAAAUUCUGCCAUAAACUGUAUUCCUCUGGAGGACUUUGGUGGACAUCCUCCUGAUCCAAAUUUAACGUAUGCGACUGCCUUGCUGGAGGCUAUGAAGGGUGGCGAGUAUGGAUUUGGAGCUGCAUUUGAUGCUGAUGGAGACCGCUACAUGAUCCUCGGCCAAAAUGGUUUCUUUGUAAAUGCAUCAGAUUCAUUGGCUAUAAUUGCUGCCAAUCUAUCUUGCAUUCCAUACUUUUGUCAGAUGGGUGUCCGAGGAUUUGGCAGGAGCAUGCCUACCAGCACAGCCCUUGACAA